AUGGUGAAAACAGUUUGGAAGCGAGGAGGAAGGCAACGCAUCGGGCUUGCUGAGGCUCCUCGCAACGGGGCACAACCAGCAGCGAGCUCUGCGGCCGAUGUUCGUCGCGGCGCCGCCGGAAGCGCUCUGGCGGCGGCAAAUGUGGCUUCGACUUUCAACCCUGGCGCGCUAGUAACGACAUCGGUGGACUCGGAAUGUCACCCACUGUCAGUCGCGCCCGCAUUCCCAGCAGCGCUGCACCCGACGACAGCCGCGGAGGCGGCGGCGGCGUGGAAUGCGGCGUCGGCGGAGGCGAUGGCGGCAGCGACGUGGGAUGGUGGAAGCGGUGCGUCGCAAUCUGGUUCGCACGACGGCGCCGCCGGCAGCAACAGCUACUACUACGACCACGAUGAUGACGGCGGCGGGAGCUCCAUCACGGACGGCGAUUCCGACUCGCCGCAUGCGUCCAUGGUGUCGAAUGGCUCCAUGCACGACGAAGACGAUGAUGACGAUUUGCUCCUGUCGGAUGACGCGGAGGAUAGUAGCGAGGCUGGUCGGGGCUGCUGUAAGUCCCAUUGCAUGCCGGCGACUCGUCGAUCGACGUCUGCGACGAUUAAACUGCGUGAAAGAGUGCGUCGCACUGCUAGUGCGGCGACCGCCACCGGAAGGCCGCCAAUCGCCGAAGGUGGUCGUCGCGGGGCCUCCGCAAAGGGCGGAGACGGCGCUGCGGCGCCGAUGUCGGAUCGCGAGCCGCUGGUAGCCUUGGGGAAGCGGCGGAAGAGCGGUCGAUCGGUGACGUUAAUGCGUCGAAUUAUCCGCAGCGUGCGCAAAAGCGAGUACACCGUUGACUUGGAGGAAGACAAUGAUGGCGAUGCGGCGGAACUGCGGGGUCGCGACGGCGCGGCGCGCGGAGGGAAACAGCGCCGUUUUCACUUGAGCCCCACGUGGAGGCCGCUGUUCGUCGUCGUGUGGGCGCUUGUGACUCUAGCGGUGGCAACUGGCGUGUUCGUGGCAACGUAUAACACGUUCGAGCACGAGCGGCAGGAGGAGGUGGAGAUGGAGUGCGGGGCGUGGCGCGUGCUACUGGAGGAGCAUUUCACGGACACCACCAACCAGAUCCGCCUGCUCGCCAAUCUCGUCUCCACCUUCCACUUCCGCAAGCCCAAGGGCACGCUCGACCGGGUGAGCCAACUCACUCACACGCACGCUCCUUUGGAGGAGCCUGUCCUUCUGUGCCUUUCUUCUUCCUCCCGCCCACCCCACACCCCCCAUUUUCUCCCCUUUCCCCUCCCCCCCGUCCCCUUCGCUCCCCCCUUCGCGCUCCCUCAACCCGGGCCAUCCCUCUCUCCCACCUCGCUCCCCUUUUGCCCGUUUUUCCCCUCUCUCUCCCCGCCCCCCCCUUGCAGCGCACCUUCCUGUCGUUUCUGA